AUGAAUACAUCUCCGGAGCAAUUGGCUCCUGCUCAAAAUGCAAUUCAGGUAUCAAUUCAGAGGGGAAUUCUAGCUCUGAUUCAAAAUGGAAAUCCUACUCUUUAAAAAGCUCGCUCUCCUCUGUGUCGUCAGCCAUCUUAACAGCAACAACAGGUUUAGGAUUCCAGCUCCACCGAUCAUUUGUCUUGAUUACUGACUUCUAUGCUUAUCUUUAUCUUUAUUAUUCUUUUAACUCUUUUUUCUCUCUUUUCAUACACGUCUUUUACAUAUCCUUUACAUUUUUCUUUGUCAUUUUCUUUUAUCGUUAGAGUUUUUAAUGUGGAAACACGCAAUUUAUUUCACAAUCAAUAAAGAUUAAACUAACGAGGGAACGUUCCCAAGUGUUCAAUCGCUUUUUAAUCGAAAUCUAGUGGAUUAUAGGUUAUCGAUCAUGCUGAUUCCGAAUAUGAAUAUGGGAGUUCCCCUUAGCCCUUCGAAGAUCCGG